AUGAUCAUGGACGUGAUAAUACAAGUGCUGGCCCAACACUGGCUAGCAAUACUUCUUUCGGUUCUUGUGGGAUGGUUAGUCAGGAACCGAUAUCACAACGGUCUGAACAAGUACCCAGGUCCGUUCUUGGCUUCGUUAACAGACUGGUGGAGGUUCAUCGAUGUGUAUAAGCGGAGGCCAGAAGUCACACACAUUGCGCUUCACAAGAAACAUGGCCCCAUUGUGCGUCUUGGGCCCAACACAUUGUCCUUCUCGGAUCCGGAGGCCAUCAAGACGAUAUACGGUCUUAACAAGGGGUUUGUGAAGUCCGACUUCUACGUCGUCCAGCAAUCCGUCGUCAAAGGCCAUAACCUCCCCUCCCUCUUCAGCACCACCGACAACGACUUCCACAUGCAAUUCCGCCGCUGCGUCAACUCCGCCUUCGCCAUGUCAGCUCUCGUCCAGUAUGAGCCGUUCGUCGAUAACACCACCAAGCUCUUCCUGAAACAGACCGAGAAUCUGUACGUCGAGGGCGGAGCCAAGGCAUGCGACUUUACUCGGUGGUUGCAGUUCUAUGCCUUCGACGUCAUUGGUGAGAUAACAUACAGCAAGCGACACGGGUUCAUUGAGCACAACGAGGAUAUCGACGGGAUCGUUUCGUAUCUGACCAAGUUGUUUAACUACGUCGCUCCGAUCGGCCAAAUCCCCCUCCUAGACCGUCUCUUCCUCAAAAACCCUCUCUACCUCAAACUCUCCCAAUGGGGUCUUCUAAACGGCACCAUGCCCGUCGCCGCCUUUGCGCGCGCGCGCAUGGCCGAGCGCCUCCCCGAACUGCAGACAGAAAAAGCCGCCAUCCUGCCUACUUCCGAAAAACCCGCCACCCUCAAAGUCCAAACCCCCGACUUGCUCUCCAAGUUCCUCGCCGCCCGCGCCGCCCGCCCCAAUUUCAUGACCGACACGCUGGUCCAGACAAUGGCCGUGUCCAUGGCCUUUGCCGGCUCGGAAACCACGGCGAUUUCGCUGUCUGCUGUGUUUUAUUACCUGCUUCGCAAUCCCAAGGCGCUCGCUCGGUUGAGGGAAGAGAUUGAUGAAGCUGCGCGCCAGGGGAGGUUUAGCGAUUACGAAACCGGUCUGGUAACCUGGGCCGAGGCGCAAACACUACCGUACCUAGAUGCGUGCGUCAAGGAGGCGUUUAGAUUACAUCCUGCGCCUGGACUGCCUAUGGAGCGAGUAGUGCCGCCGCAAGGGAUGGAGAUUGUUCCGGGGGAGUUUGUGAAGGGGGGGACGGUGGUGGGGGUUAGUGCGUGGGUUUUGCAUCGGGAUGAGAACACCUUUGGACCAAAGGUGGAGGAAUACAGGCCGGAGAGGUGGUUGGUUGAUGAUGAUGUUGAUGAGGAGAUGCUGGAACAGGAAGUGGGAGGGGAUGAGGGGGAUGAGGAACAGAAGAAGAAGAGGGAGAAGAGGAAACAAGAAGAGGAAAAAAGAAUCAAGACGAUGAAUGGCCAUAUGUUCCAGUUUGGCAUGGGGAGCAGGACGUGUAUUGGCAAGAAUAUUAGCUUGUUGGAGAUAUAUAAAUUAGUGCCGAGUUUGUUGAGGAGGUUUGAGAUCGAAUUCGAUGAUCCGAACAGGGAGUGGGAGAUUGUCAAUGCUUGGUUUGUCAAGCAGAAUAACUUCAUUGCGAGGUUUAAGGUUAGGGAUAUUGUGAAGCCUGAGGGGAAGGAGUAA